AUGGCUCGCAUCUUCAACGCCAUGACCCAGUAUCCCGAGAUGGUGGCCGGCGACGACCGCUUCUGCACGGUUCUGAUGAAGGCCUUCCAGGGUCGUCUAAUCGGCAAGGUCGGCGCCGACGGCGUCUACGCAGUCGGCCUCCGCAAGUCGGAGCAGACGAGGCAGCUGGGGGCCACGGGUGCGCUCGGCAUCUCCGUCAAGAUCGAGGACGGCAACCUGGACGUCCUGUACGCCGCCGUGGCCGAGAUCCUGGAGCAGCUGGGCGUAGCGACGCCCGAGGUGUCGAGUGCGCUCAUCGGCUUUCGGCAGGGCAAGAUUGUCAACACGGCGGGCGUUGUCACGGGCGGGCUCGCGUUUCCGUUUAGACUGCGAGCGGCGUGA